AAGGCUCUGUGCGGUGUUGUGACUCGCGGGUCGCUGCUGCUCCACUGUCUGCGAUGCUGCAGCUAGCUUCGUCCGACUGGCUUUCUUGAAUCUUUGUCUGGUGAAUGUUUAAGGUUUUAUUUCUUAGGACGGACAAAAACAGUGAAAAUUGCUGAAUGAUAACCACAAACAAGUAACUGGAAACGGGAAACCGUCAGUGCAAAGAAAAAGGAUCCAUGGCAAAGUGGCUGAAGGACUACCUAAACUUUGGCAGCAGGCGUGACCCUCCUCAGCCCCCGAGGCCAGAUUACACAGAAAGUGAGAUUUUAAGGGCCUACCGAGCUCAGAAGGAGCUGGAUUUUGAGGAUCCAUACCAACACUUGGACAAGGAGCACCAGAAUGGUGGUUUCACUUCUUGUACUGCAACAGUGAGCCUUCCCUCUUUUCCUGCAUUUGGUUCUGUGCUGCCGAACGGUGUGGAGGUGAAAGUCGUGUCUCCCAAACACAGACUAAUUAAAGUGGACUCUCAGGAGUUUGGGCGCUGUAAAAUUCCUCUAAGUCCGGUCACUGUUCAAGAAGAAACUGUGGUUCCCUCUGCCCCAGCAGCAUCCGAUGCUGAAACGGACUACUCUGAUCCAUUUGAUGCACGUCCAGAGCCAGCAGCUGGAAGAAACUGGGAGCUGAAAUCUCCACYGACAGACUGCUGCAGCUACAUGGAACCAUUUGAGGCCCAGCGGAUUAUUUCAGAACUGCAACACAGCGGUCUGACGAACAGGUCUGCAAGUGGAGACKGUGGGCAGUUGUAUGAUAACCCGUACGAGGAGAAGAACCGUCACCGCCAUCAAACUGUUCCUCCAUCACAACAACAAACGCAGAAGGUUGACRGCGGACUCGGCGUAAUAGAAAUCAAGGAGAGCAGACUUCCUCAGGAUGACGAGAGGCCGGCUGAUGAAUACGACCAGCCGUGGGAGUGGAAGAAAGACAACAUCUCCAAAGCUCUCGCAGUUCAGUUCGAAGGAGUAGAAAGGGAGCGCUCGCGAUCUCAGACAGAACAGACCAGGUUUAUGAAGACGGGCUCUUCAUCCAUACCUUCUGAUUCGACGACGCUCCGUCUCGUUGGUGACACUCCUCCUCUGCUGGGGGAAAGAGUGGAUCCAUUCCUGCCUCUGGAGAAGCAAGUAUGGUACCAUGGAGCCCUGAGCCGCUCAGAGGCAGAGUCUCUGCUGACUCUGUGCAAGGAGAGUUCCUACCUGGUGAGGAACAGUCAGACGUGCCGCGAUGACUACUCUCUCUCCCUCAGGAGUUGUAAAGGCUUCAUGCACAUGAAGUUCACCCAGUCUGCAGAGGGGCACUACGUUCUCGGGGAGAACAGUCCUCCUUUCUCCACCAUCCCGGAGGUCAUCCACUACUACACCACACACAAGCUGCCAAUCAGAGGCGCUGAGCACAUGUCCCUGCUGUAUCCUGUCAUAGUGCAGACCCUCUGACGCACACAUACUGUUUCUCCUGGUGCUACUGAAAACAACGUAUACUCAUCAUUUACUCAUCCCCAUUUCAUGUGCUUUUUCCACACGGCCACCCUACCUGCACUGCUUUUUAAAGGUAGGCUGUCUGGUGCCAUUUGUUUCUUUUUUUUUUACCACUAUCCCAAUAAGUUCUGUUGCAACCAAACAAAGAGUUCAGUGUCUCAUGAACGUGUGAAAUAAUGUCACUGAAAUCUCAGUAUCUUGAUGCCAUGUACUUCUAAUUAUCAGUAACUAUUAAUUAUAAGGUUGUUAGCUGAGUACUUAUAGGUCCAAUAAUAAAACAAACUCCAGUCCUAAGUG